CCUCCUGCGAAGGAGGGGUUUCGGUGGCCCGACCCGCUCGUCCCGGUGGACCAGGGUCUGCAGUCUGCAGCAGGUGCAGAGGGAUCGAAAAGGUGGUGCAUUAUUAGUGCGUUUUCGCUUUGCAUUCGUGGGACGGUCUGGCCGGGCUCAGAGAGGUUCUGCCAUUGGCCCGUGGAGCUCCGCACGCGGAGGAGGAGCCAGGGCAGCCCCUGAGAAGCUGGGACACCUUCCUUCAGCAGAUAAGAGGCAGAGCCCCAGUAGGAAUUCCCUCCGCUUGCGGGUAGGAAGCUUGGGGAGCAGCCUCAUGGAAGAGAAGCAGAUCCUUUGCGUGGGGCUGGUGGUGCUGGACAUCAUCAAUGUGGUGGACAAGUACCCAGAGGAGGACACGGAUCGCAGGUGCCUAUCCCAGAGAUGGCAACGUGGAGGCAACGCGUCCAACUCCUGCACGGUCCUUGCCUUGCUCGGAACCCGCUGCGCCUUCAUGGGCUCGUUGGCCCCUGGCCAUGUCGCCGAUUUUGUUCUGGAUGACCUCCGCCGACAUUCUGUGGACCUACGCUACGCGGUCCUUCAGACCGAGGGCUCCAUCCCCACCUCUACAGUUAUCAUCAACCAGGCCAGCGGUAGCCGCACCAUCCUGCACGCCUACAGCUUCCUGGUGGCUGACUUCAGGCGGAGGGGCGUGGAUGUGUCUCAAGUGGCCUGGCAGAGCCAGGGAGAUAGCCCUUGCUCAUCCUGCAUCAUCAACAACUCCAAUGGUUCCCGUACCAUUAUACUCUACGACACGAACCUGCCAGAUGUGUCUGCCAAGGACUUUGAGAAGGUUGAUCUGACCCGGUUCAAGUGGAUCCACAUUGAGGGCCGGAACGCAUCGGAGCAGGUGAAGAUGUUGCAGCGGAUAGAACAGUACAAUGCCAAGCAGCCUCUGCCCCAGAGAGUCCGGGUGUCGGUGGAGAUCGAGAAGCCCCGGGAAGAGCUCUUCCAGCUGUUCAGCUAUGGUGAGGUGGUGUUUGUGAGCAAAGACGUGGCUAAGCACCUGGGGUUCCAGUCAGCGGCGGAGGCCCUGAGAGGCUUGUAUGGUCGUGUGAAGAAAGGGGCUACACUGGUCUGUGCCUGGGCUGAGGAGGGCGCCGACGCCCUGGGCCCUGAUGGCCAGCUGCUACACUCAGAUGCCUUCCCGCCACCCCGAGUCGUAGACACUCUGGGGGCUGGAGACACCUUCAACGCCUCUGUCAUCUUCAGCCUGUCGAAGGGAAACAGCAUGCAGGAGGCACUGAGAUUCGGCUGCCAGGUGGCUGGCAGGAAGUGUGGCCUGCAGGGCUUUGACGGCAUUGUGUGAGAGGUGGGCGAGAAGAGGCACCAGCUCAACAUCUCAGAGGCUGGCACCAUUGCCUGCCAUUGCCUUCUCCGCUUCACCCAGCCUGGCAUCCAGCUGCCCUGUUCCCUGGGCAGGUGUAGGCCGCGGAAAGAACUCUCUGUGUUCAUAUUUCUGUAUUCCUCCACCUCCAUUCUGCAGAUACUCAGAGCAAAUAAAUCUUCCCCUAAGUCA